GUUUGAUCGUAUUGGUUUUUAUGGCUUCAUAAGCCCGCUUGUAAGUUGUACCUGUGACACAGUAAAGCCAGAAGUCAUCCGCCUGUACAAAAUCGCCAAGCAACUUGCAUUUGAAGAGAUCAAGUACCCCGUCGUAAUGGUCCUUGUCCCAGUGCGUGACAACCCAGGCUCUCAAGAAAGGAUCCGUGAUGUUGUGGAUCAGGGCAAUAGUUUUAAGUCCACAAAUCACCACCUGACAAGCUUCCAGGCGUUGGGCGUCUCGUCCACCGUCCAUUAUGAACGCGCUGCAAGUUUCACCACUUUUAUCGAUGAUAUGCAAUUCCUUGUUUAUGUAGGGCGUCAUUGAAGCCCGAGCUUCAUCAACAAGCACGUCCACCGGGUUUGAUACUGCCCUGGAAACCAUGGCUAGUUGUCUCACAUGUGAUAUGAGCGAGGGGGGAGCACAGCUUUACGUUGGAAGAAGAACCAAUUGAGUGUCAGACCUGUAGAACUGUAUGAGCUUGAAGAAUAGAAGUUUUG